AGGAAUCAAGUAGAAGUUGAAUGGCGUCCUACUAUAGGAAUCUGGAAAUCGAACAAGAUGAACUUUACCCAGGUCGUUAUGUUUGAUUUAUUUUACAUGUUCCAGGUUAUGUUUGAGUUGAAGAUGAACUCUAUCCAGGUCGUUUGUUUUGAGUAAAUGAUACUUACCGAAGUCAGUGGAGAAAACAAUGUCUCGUUCUGGCGGUACCAGACAGCGAGUCGAGGAGGAUCAGGAGGAUGACCUGAUGGCCUCCUCUGACGACGAAGACCGCCCUGCCGCCAAGAGACAACGACAGCAUUCUACCGCUUCUGAUAUUAAGGCUUCCCCUAAUGGUAAUGCUGAUCCAUUUUUAGAAGCAUCGCUCUUGCUCGUCGGAGACUCUAUUUUCAAGGGGAAAAGAAGCAGUCCCAAGAUGGACUUAGACACGUUUCUUUUCAAAGGGAAAACAAAACACGCUCAGAAUGUAGUAACUUCGAGAUGCUGUAAAUUAUCCUUGAGCUGCUGAAUUGUGUUAGAAGGUCGUGUAGGAGACUUAGUGGCAGACAAAUCUAUCACUAUCUGCUCUAAUAAUAGGAGACUUAGUGGCAGAAUAAGUGCGUCAUCUUCACCUGGGUCAGACGGAGAAAUAGAGGAUUCCGAAGGCGUGUUUGACGAGGAUGGGACAGAAAACACAGCGUCCGACUCUCAAGACGGCAUUGUAGAGGAAUCAAGUCAGGGAACGCCGAAUAGUAGUAGAGGUCGUAGCGUGUCGAAUUCGCCUAGUAACGGUAAUCUGUCUAGUAUUAAGGGUAGGCUAGAGGUGUUCUUGCUAUACCGUUCGGCUUGCAUUCCUGAAGGGGGAAAGGCAUGACGAACGGGGUACUAACAACGAACACCAAGAGCAUACCUCUAAUAGUAAUCUGCCAAACGCAGGCGGAGCAGCAGCUGGAGUAGCAAGGAACAAUGCUAGAGGCGUUGGACUUGGAGGUGGCGGGGGAUUAGUAUCACCGGCUUCGUCUCUAUCCUCGAGGAAAGGUGGCGCAAAGGCAGGACCUUCUCCGGCAUCUGGAGGGGGAUCCAAAGCUUCACCAUUCUCAUCAUCCAAUAGCCAAGCAACGCCAUCCUCAUCAUCAUCCAAUAAGAACAAGGCAACGGCCUCAUUUUCUUCUGGUCAAAAAGCCAAAACGCCAGGAGGUGGUGCCAAAGCGAUGCUGAAUGGAAGUAAGGCGAGGACUCCUGCUGCGGCAGCAAAGGACACUCCUGGAGCAAAAGCAAAGUCAUUAAGCAUGCUAAAGAUAAGGCUCCUCUUCAUCUUCAAGAUAAUACUAAAAUUAUAGUUCAUGAUCUAAUGCCAAAAGCAGUCGUCGGAGCUUCAUCAGGUUCGAGCUCUUCUUCAGCGUCCCUUUUCUCACCGGCAAAAGCGCCAUCCUCUGGUAGCGGCGUUAAGCCAACAAGGAUAACGAAGUUGAAGGGUGAAGGAGCAACUGUUAGUGGAACGUCAACGUCUGGCGCAUCAUCUUCAAGUACAAGUGCAACUAGUACAACUACUUUUAAGGCUCAACUUUCAAUGGUCAUUGGGGUUGGUCACUGAGAUCGAAGAGGCGACCCCUUCUUGAGAGAAUCAACAGGGGAAAUAAAAGAAGGGAAAGGGGAGAGCUUUGAAGGAGGUCUCUUCCGUUCAGAGUCAGUGACCAACGAAUGCUGAGCUUUAAGACUUCCAAAAGUGCAACUAGUAAAACUACAACUUCCAAAAAUGGCAAUCCUGUAGUAAGUCCGAGUGUAGGGAAAAAGGCGGGACGAGGGGGACCCUCACCAAAGGCAGGAGCACAACCCAAAGCACACGGAAAAUCUGCUUUGGUGGCGAGAGGAGGUACUUUUUUAAAAGUUUACUAAGUUGCCUCAUGUAGAACAAAAUUGUUUUUAAAAUAUGAGUGUUACUGAAAACGCUUAGUUAUGCAGCCUAUGCGACAAACAAUGAUCAUGUAGACUAGACAAAGUUUUUUAAGUUCUUUCUGUACAAAUAGAGCAAAACAGAGUAUAAGUAUAGUUAUCUUUAUACUACUACUACUUCUUCCACUGUAUUUCUUCAUUCUGAUAUUUAGUAAUUGCUGUGCUUUAUCUUUCAGAUUCUCCUAGCAAGCUAAGGAUCGGACACGUGGAACUUGAGGAAAGAAUGGUUAGGGCUGAUAUGGUGCAGUCGCUCGUCGACGAGAACAAAGGACCAGAUGGAGGAGGCGGCGUUUAUGUACUCCUGAGCUACUCAAAGUUAUAAAGUGAGAAUGUUUAGUCUCCCAGAUAGUACAUGUAAGACUAUGUGAGACUCAUGCUAUGCUAUGCUUCCUUCGGCUUAUUUACUAGUCUCUUCAUGAGAUUUAAAGUUCAUAUCGAAUCACUAUUCAUCGUCGUAGAAGUUUAGGAACGCCUGUUGCUGACUUUGUUUGAUUAAUAUCUAUAUCUUCAGGAGUACUAAUUUUGCUCCUCUGUAAAUCAGUUUUAAUACAACGAACUGAACAAGCUUGAGCUUGCGAAAUCAUGUUUCUUGAUUCCUGAGUACCAAACUUCCAGAUCCCUACCUCGGAUUUAGCGGACAUGGAUGAAUCGGAGAUGCGAUCUGUUUUUGAUGCUGCUGCGAAGCAAAAGAAGGACUACGACCCGCAAAUCGAUAUAAAACGACUAAAAGACGUCCCAGUGAAGAUUUCUGGUGUAACGCGGAUCAUCCACACUGCGUCUGGUUUAUAUCAACAGAAAGUGGCGGAGAUGGAAAUCAAACUUCUCCAAAAAAAUCGAGAUCGGUAUCUGUUGCCGAAACUUACGAUUAUAAGUUUUCCCUGAACAUGUAGACUCUCGUAUCGUACUUCAUACACUACCUCUUCCUUGGAGUAUAAUUACGUAAAGUGGUCACAAUUACAGCGAAAGAAGCACAUCUCACAUUCUAAUCCCCGUUCCUUCCGCUUGUGCGUUAGAGAAGCUCAGGAACUCGCAGGCUGGAACGGGCGAAAGUGGACCACGCACGCUCUACUUCUAUUGCAGAAGGUGAUGGAGGAAAGCCUAACGCUGCUUUCGAGUAACAGUCUGCUCUUAGCAUCACACGCGAAUCGGGUCACGUUGAAAGCUAGAGACUUGUCUCUGAUGAAACGGUUGCGUGAGAACGUAAGGAAAGACGUCAAGAGGAGAUGCGAACUUCCGUAGGGAGGAUGGCAGUGCGUGCCGGGGCAUGUUCGGGGUUGUCUAGAAUCUCGAGCGUUUGAAUGAUGCAGAACUCCUUCUGGCUGUCUGAAUCUAAAUAGAUGUUUUUUUGUUCUACUCUCAUAGUCUAGAUGUUGAAUGAUGUGUUGUCUGAAAGAAGGGGUCAUCAUAGUAGGCUGUUUCCUAAAAUCCGUAUGCUUUUCUUGUUAUUUCGUUUGUCUAGGCAGUGUAGAUACCAUUAGACCAUCAUUUAAAUUUCUAUAACUAUCUUGUAGUUGUUAUCACUGCAUUAUCUUCGCACAAGAUAAUCAAUGUACAUGCUGCAGUACUAUGUGAUGUAUGUAGAACGACCUCCAACUUUAUUCUUAUAGAAGAAGUACUAAUCAUGUACUUGGAUGAUGUGCAACCAAAAGUGUUGUACUAGUUGCUCCUUGAGUCCUUUUUCGGUCAAAUAAGAGCAGAGCUAUAUCCUUAUCCUUUCAUCUUCCAACAUCAUCACCGUACGUAUGCUAUACCAACUACAAAUACAAUGUUACUCUUAUUGCUGCAAGAAUGACUUAAUGUUAGGGAGGAAGAUGGCUUGAGGACGUAAUCUUCAACAGUGUUGUGGUGGUUCCACACAAAGUUAAUAGUUUGCGCACACGCAUCCUAGUUGUCGUAUCAAGAAAAUGAUUUGAAGAGUUCUCUUUGGGUUAGUCAGGACGUAAAAAGAGAUAUCAUCAUGGCAUGACAUAUUACAACAUCUAGGGAAAGAAUCGCCACCGGCUACCUAAAUUGAUCUUGACGAUGGUCUUGGGACGGAUUCUUCUUGCACAUACUCCAUAUGGAGAAUGCAGGCCAAACUCUGGACGGCGGAGCAAUAACUUUCCUAUCCUAUCCUUCGUGGUUGUGUCUCACUUCCUUCAUCAAGUAGUUUAAUACCUUUCGUGCGAUGAAGUGAAGCGUGAAACAGGUUCGCAACAUUCAUUCUACGGUUCGCAACCCUGUUUCACACUUGCGAACUUCAUUCUACGACGAGAAAGCGCUUGAGACGAG